GCUGUGAGUGGAGAGAAGCUACUGAGCUGCAGCACAGUGAUCUGAUCACACAGCAGCAUUCAGCACAAGCCUUCAUUUAUCCUCCGAACCAGCAGAACGAACACAGACGUGAACGAUGAGGAUUAGAAAGCUGCUCCGGCGCCUCUUUUGCUGUGGAUGCCGGGACGAGGAGUACGAGAUGGAGAAGCAGAAGCUCCAGCAGCUCCAGAGAGAGAUGAGAGAGCUGGAGAGAGAGAUCCAGAGCAGGAGAAAGGAGCUGAAGAGAAAGGAGCAGGACAGACAGAAGAAGCUGGAGAAGAAGAGAAAGCAGAGAAAGUUGAAUAGAAAACAGGAGGAGGAGGAAGAGGAGCGAGAAUCGAGCCACAGGAUUUAUGAUGCUUGGAGAUCCGACCAAGAUGAAAGAUUUGAACGGCUGAAGGAACUGAGAUCUCGGGCGAGAGAGGUUAAGAACAGGAUGGAGAGAGAGAGAACGUACGGGUGGUGUCCAGGAACACAGGACACUUUUCAGCCACAGACGGACCUGGGUAGCGAGGUCAGAUCUUCUCUCCUGGCUGAAAUGGAAGGUGUGAGAGAGCAACAACGGGCCAUUCGUGAAAAUAAAGAGAAGAUGCUGGACAACAUCCAGAGUCAGCUGGACCAGCUGAGAAGAAUGGUCACUGAGCUGGAGAACAGUUACAGCCUCCAGCAUCAGAGAUUCAGUCAUGAAGAUGUAAAGAUCAGACAUCUUGAUGAUGUUGUGCUCACAACUGAGAAGGUCAAGCCACUAGAAAAUAUAGAACUAACCAUCAAAGAGCUGAAUAAGAAGCUCGACAAGAUCUUUAGAAGGAAUCCAGCUGAGCACAGACAGCAGAAACAUCUGGAUGGAAGUGAGACAGAAAGCCCGAGACGAGAAGAACACCCUGAGGAACGAGUGAGAGAACUGGAGAGAUUAUUGAGGGAAAUGAAAAAAGAGGAGGAGAAAUGGAAUGAGGAGCAGGAGGAUCUCAGGCAGCUCCAGGAUCAGGAGAUGAUCAGGAGGAGAGAGGAUCAGAUCAGGGUGGAAAAUGAGAAGAAGAAAGAAACCCUGAGAGCGAAGGAGAUGAAGAAGCUGAAAGAAAUAGAAGAGCUUCAGGAAAAGAUAAAGAGGAGACGUGAGGAGCUGCAGGUGGAGGAGAUGGAGGAAUUACAGAAGCAGAAAGCAAAAGAGCUGCAGGAGAAAUGUGAGGAGCUGAAGAGAGAAAGAAAGCUGAUGAAGGAGAAGCAGAGAGAAAGAGAAGCCGAGCUAAAGGAGAUGAUGGAAAAGCUGGAGGAGGAGAGAGGAAGAGCAAAUGAAAAAAGAGAGAGAGAAUGGAAACGUAAAGAGCAGGAGAUGUCUGCUCGAUGUAAAGAAAUGGAGAAGAAACUUAAGGAGGAGAACGAGGAGAGGAGAAAGGAAACAGAGAGGGAGAACCAGAGAUUUCAGAUUAACAGCCUCCUCCAGAAAAGUGAGAGAAAACGAAGGGAGGAUAAAGAGGAACAAAGAAAAGAAAUAGAGAGAGAGAAAGAAAAGAGCAAAGAGAGAGAGAUGGAGGAGAAAGAGAGAGAGAUGGAGGAGAAAGAGAGAGAAAGCAAGAGAGAGGAAAAGAAAGAACAUCCAAAAGAGGAGGAGAAAAGAAUCAAGGUGGAGGAGAAAAAGCAAGAGAGAGAAAUAGUGAAAGAGAGAGAGAUGGAGAAGAAAGAGAGAGAGAUACAGGUGGAGGUGAAGAUGGAUGAGAAUGAAGAUAAGAAGAUAGAGGAGGAGAGAAAGAGACGGAGGAACCGAAAUAAAGAAAUAAAGAUACAGAAGAAGAAAGAAAGAAAGAUGAAGGAAAAUAAAAAGAGUGAAAUGAAGGAGAAAGGUAGAGAGAUGGAGGAGAAAGAGAGAGAGAUGGAGGAGAAAGAGAGAGAAAGCAAGAGAGAGGAAAAGAAAGAAAAUGCAAAAGAGGAGGAGAAAAGAAUCAAGGUGGAGAAGAAAAAGCAAGAGAGAGAAAUAGUGAAAGAGAGAGAGAUGGAGGAGAAAGAGAGAGAGAUACAGGUGGAGGUGAAGAUGAAUGAGAAUGAAGAUAAGAAUAUAGAGGAGGAGAGAGAGAGACGGAGGAACGACAAUAAAGAAAUAAAGAUACAGAAGAAGAAAGAAAGAGAGAUGAAGGAAAAUAAAAAGAGUGAAAUGAAGGCAAAAGUGAGAGAGAUGGAGGAGAAAGAGAGAGAAAGCAAGAGAGAGGAAAAGAAAGAACAUCCAAAAGAAGAGGAGAAAAGAAUCAAGGUGGAGGAGAAAAAGCAAGAGAUGGAAAAUGAGAGAGAAAUAGUGAAAGAGAGCGAGAUGGAGGAGAAAGGGAGAGCAAUAAAGGAGAAAAAAAAAAAGAUGGAGAAGAUUGAGACAGAGAUGGCGGAGAGUGAGACAGAGAUGGAGGAGAGUGAGACAGAGAUGGAGGAGAAUGAGAGAGAGAUGGAGGAGAGUGAGACAGAGAUGGAGAAGAUUGAGAGAGAGAUGGAGGAGAGUGAGACAGAGAUGGAGGAGAGUGAGACAGAGAUGGAGGAGACAGAGAUGGAGAGGAUGAAGCAGAGGUUUGAGGAGGAACGAAAGCAGGUGGAGAUGGAGAUCCAGAGAGAGGUGGAGGAGCAGGAACAGGAGCAGGUCGAGGAGGAAAGAGAGAAAGAAGGUAAAGAGAGAAUGGACGAGGCCGGACAGGAGCCCACAGAGCGACGGCGGCAGGGAGAGAACGAUGGGCUGAGAAAGGUGACUGCUCACACAGAGACCCCGGUCACUCAGAAAACCCCUCAGAAGAUCAUCACCUCAGAGAAGAAUCAGGUCAAGACAACCAACCAACCUGGUUCUGCUCCAAACAAACCAGUGCUCAGAAAGGUUCAACGUCUGGAUCUAAACCCAGACCCCCCAAAGGAGUCCAGUCAGAGAUCAGGAUCACCGUCUGCUUCUGGAACAUCUUCAGCCCUGAAGAAGAGCUUGAACGUCAAGGAAGAAGCAGAAGAAAACAAUAAACCCACAGUGGUCGAGAAGAACAAGAUCUGCUGUGAAGACACCAGCACCAAGAAAAAGGAGGAGCCCAAACUCCAGAGCACGACGGGUCUCGUAGUCGGGUGGGUCAAUCAGAAGAUGAAAGAUCGAUACCAGAGGAAGAUGGAGAAGAGCUUGAGGAGAGAGGAGGAGAACGCAGACAAGUUCUACGUCAUCUGCACUGGUGGUUUCAUUCAGGAGGUACGAGUGGCUAAAGUGGAGCAGGAGAAGCGACGGCUUCUGGAAAAGACUGAGAGGAGACGCAAGGAGCUGGAAAAUUUCUAUAAAAAGUGGGAGGAAAUACGACAAGCAAUAAAGGAGGACAAGAGGAGGGGGAAGGAGGAGGCUAAAAAGGGAAAGGAGGAGAAGCCCAAGAGGCUGGUGGAGCACUGGAGAAAGUGGCAGCAGAAGAAAGAGAAGCAGCAGGAGGAGAAGGAGCUCAGUCAGACCCAUCCAACUUCUCCAAGUGAGGAACCACAGACAGAGAAACCAGAACCUCCAAACAGUUCAGACUCACUGUCUGUGGAACCCAGUCCUGCUUUUCCUAAAUGUAAAGCCAGGCUCAUCUUCGUCAAGCCCAUUAAUCCCGUCCCUGAGACCCACAGACGACAAGUCCCAUUGGUGCUCUGACUUCCUGUCUAAAACUCACAGUGGUGAGGAGAAGACGGAGAAGCUGCUGUGAGGAUUUCAGCAUUCUUAUACCAGAGCACGAUGGGGGGUAUAGUGGUGGGGCGGGUGGAUAAACCAACAUGACACCAGAUGGAGAGGAUGAGCCUGAAGAGGAAGGAGAACCAUGAAGUUCUACCUGUGUGAUCAGAACCAGGACCUGCUAAACCUAAUGCUAACCACCUUCUCCAGUGGCUACGACACCUCCAUGACCCAAGUACAAGUGGACCACAAGCUUCUGUACAGUGAACCACCAGCUCGACCUUCACCCAUCGACUGCUCACCCAUCUGGAAGAUAAUAUGAGACGGUGGGGUGACGGCACAGCUAGAAGAAGAAGGAGGAGAAUCUCUGAGCUCUGAGCUCUAUCAAAACCUGAUCAGAACAUUCAUUUUCCUCAAUAAACUUCUGCCUUAAUAAACAUCUGC